CUCUCUCUCUCUCUCUCUCUUUAUUAGUUGACUUAUCUCCCUUAUUAAGGGGCAAACUAUCUCUAAUCCUCCUCUUCUUUAUCUCUCUAAAACUAAAACCCUUCUCCUUGUUUUUCUUCUCAAUGAGUUAUUUGAGCAUGGUGGAGGCUAAACUGCCUCCGGGAUUUAGAUUUCAUCCGAGGGACGACGAGCUCAUCUGCGACUAUCUCAACCCUAAGGUACUCUCCUCCUCAUCCUCCUCCGGUGAUGCCAGCGCAACGGUGAACUUCCCGGUGAUGGUCGACGUGGACCUCAACAAGUGUGAGCCGUGGGAUCUCCCCGAUAUAGCAUGUGUAGGAGGCAAAGAAUGGUACUUCUUCAACCUCAGAGAUCGAAAGUAUGCGACGGGCCAGCGAACGAACAGGGCAACAAUGUCAGGGUACUGGAAAGCGACGGGCAAAGAUCGACAGAUCAUCCGAAAGGGUGCGGUGGUGGGGAUGAGGAAGACCCUGGUUUUCUAUCAAGGGAGAGCUCCGAAGGGGAAGAAGACCGAUUGGGUCAUGCACGAGUUUCGAAUCGAAGGCCGUGGUGAUCUCCCACCUAUGUACCCUGGCAAGGAGGAUUGGGUCCUAUGCAGGGUUUUCUACAAGAGUAGAGGCAUAGGUACACCCUCCAAAGCACCAACAAGAAUAGAGAACUCUUACGACGACACCGGCUCCUCCUCCCUCCCUCCCCUCUCUGAACCCUACAUCACCUUCGACCAAACCCUAACACCGCCGCCGCCUCCUCCUCCUCCUAUAAAUAGCCAUGACAACAACCUCAGCUCCGAUACCACUUCGUUUGAGCAAGUGCCCUGCUUCUCCAAUUACCCUCACAUUACUACUACUACUACUACUACGCCUCAACACUUCAUCAACACUCUAGCUCUAGUGGAAAGAAACAAGCCCUCCUCUUGCUUGACUCAAAGUGCUCCCUCCUCCUCAAUGUGGUACCCUUUUCAAAGUUAAGAUGGUUGUGUUGAGAUACUGUACAUAAAAUUUAUAUGCAUAUGGGUUUGAUUAUAGUGUUAUACAUAUAGUAGUGUGAUUUUUUAUGGUUUUUUAUGAGGAUCCAUGGAGAUAUAUAUGGUGUAUACGUACGAGAAUGUAGAAAGAAGUUCAAGAACAACAAUUCUCCAUAAAGUAUUGUAUUGUAUUGGAUUGGAUUAUUAAGUAUUACAAACAAUAAUAUUACACACAAUUAUUCUUA